GUCAAAAACGGCCGCCAUAUCGACGGAGAUAAUCGCACGUAAAUUCUUCUAGUAUAACGACAAUCACCAUCACUGUCUUUGUAUGUUUCCAAUAAUGAAGAUGACAUUUUAAAUGAUUCAUUUUAUAGAACCAGACAGAGAGAAAAUGUGCAAUCCGUCUUCAUGGUCUGGCAGCACGUAAAGAAAUCGACAAUUAUUCUUGGACCUGAAGAAUAUCGACUCUCAUACGAAUAUAUGACAAGGAAUAAUUCUAAAAAAGCGUGAAAAGCAAAAAUCGAAGAGAACCCAUAAAAUUGCCAGCAC